CAGUCACCAGUCAGUACCGCACCAACCGGCCGAUCAAUCGAUCAUACUCGUUCGCUACGAUGUUUGGUCGGUGUCUCACUGGAUUCAGGAUCGCUUGCCUGCUGGGAUGGAUAACAUUAUUGCUAAAUCACGUACUACCGGCAGCAUCGCUCGAGUGCAACAGCAAGCGAUUGGAAAACAGGGAAAAUCAGCUUAAAGACACGCUCCUCUGCAAAGGCUACCGUACGAACGUGCGACCAAAAAAGGAUCACACCCAGACAGUCAACGUUACCGUGGCCUACUACGUGCUAACGUAUGAAUUUGAGGAAUCGGAUAACCUACUGCAGUUGGGCGUGUGGAUGGAGCUGCAAUGGACGGACGAAUAUCUGCGUUGGAAUAGCACCGAAUGGAGUGGCAUAGAAAGGCUGGCGAUCGGAUCGGAGGAGAUCUGGAUGCCCGAUUUUCGGCACUUUUCUUCCUACUACAAUCCAGAGGAUCUAAACGAGUGUGCCAACCCGAAGUGCUCCGUUGCACCAAACGGUACAAUAGUUUGUUUACCCGUUUGUGGCAUGAACGCUAAAUGUGAUGCUGACUAUUCACGCUGGCCGUUCGAUGUGCACCGGUGCAAUUUGUGGUACGGGACGUGGGCCAACUCGAUGGACGAGGUCGAUGUGCAUAUAUUGGAUGUGUGUUUAGGCAGAAAUCCAGAAUUUAAAAGCCCAAAAUGGAAUGUUAUUUCCCUUGCUACGGGCCGAUCGGUCGUGCAAAGUUCCGAUAACUAUAUGUACAAUGUACUGAACGUUGAGGUGAUGUUAGUGAGGCGAGCCAGCUAUGAAUAUGUGGCCAUUGUUGGUCCAAUAUUGGUUCUAGCAUUAUUUAACGUGUACAUCGUUUGGUUACGGUCGAUCAGUUUCGAGAGGAAAGUGUUGCUUGGUUUGUCUAUUUUCUCUCACUUUAGCUACCUAAAGCAGCUUGAAUGGGCUCUUCCUUACAAUCGCGAUACGCUUCCAGAUUGCAUGAUAUUUAUGCUGUGUUCAACUGUGUUUACUGUUUUGUUGCUGAUCUUUACCCUGCUAAACUGUUGGAUUCGUACGCGUCUCAGACGAGAAUCUACGACGGGAUCGUUCAUUGAUCGCAUUACAGGAUCAUUUUCUCAGAGUCGCGUGGCUGAGCUAAUACUAUCUGCAGAUUACCUUGAGUUGAGUUACAAGGUGACACAAGAGGAGAAAGAAAACUUCUGGGCAAGGCUGGGUAAGCUGAUCGAUCGUGCUUUGGCGAUAGUUUGUGUGAUUGUUUACAUUUUCCUCGUAUGGUUGUUCAUCCCCUUCAACCAUGAGCUGGAUGAACUAUCUGGCGUGAAUUGUGUCAUAUCUGCAUAAACGAUAUCUGUCUGUUCAUUUGAUCGUUGAGAAAUAAAAACAACAGAGGAUUUACCAUAGGACAAUUGCUUUAACAUUUCAUUUGACACAUUUUCAUGUUAUUAUAAAAUAAACACUGGAAACAUUUUUUUUAUUUCAUGAUAUUGUUCACGUUUAUUACUCAAACCAAUAUUAAAAAAUUAUGAAGAAAAUAGAUGGAGUUACUUGUUAGUUCUAAAUAUAAAUUAGAAACACGUUCAAGAACAAAUA